AACAAGAUCAUGUAUAGAGUAGUGGUCUGAUGUGGCAUGAAUGAAUUUUAAUUUGUCGGUCGGAACAUUUUAAUUUAGGAAAACAAUUGCAUCGGCAGAUUCACUAGCCUUCGGUCUACUAACUUAAGCUAGGCCAAAUAUUUAAAAAAAUAUAGGGCCGGAGAUAGGCCCUCCAUACUACUACUCUAGGCCUAGUACUAAGCUCCUAGCUAGGCCACCACAAGGAAGCUUUCAUCAAAAAGAGAUGAGUUACAAAGUUGCAGGCAUUGUACAAAAAUCAUCAUGUAUUCUAAAUCAAAAUACAGAAGAGGAGAUGGUGUGCAUUGGUUAUCAUCCAAACAAAACAAAGCAGUUCCUGACUGUAUUAUUCAGUGUGCUAACGCUAGGGAUCUUACAACUUGUGUUUUAUUGGAAGAAGGAUUGGCACAUCUACUGUACAUGCUCUCAAACUUCUCUUCGACAAGCUACAAUUUUACUGCUUCAGGAUAACUUUGGAGAAAAGUUUAUAGAAAAAGUAAAAUUUGUUACACUCUCUGAUGGCUUUGAUGCAUUCAUACAAACACCAAGAGUGCAACAUGAUUUUGGUGUCGGUCCAGCCGGUGAUGUUGAUUCGUUGAUAUCUGAAGAGGAGUUAGAUUUUAGCGAAUGUCAAAUACUAAUACAGCCACUGGAAGAAGAGGAGAAUUCCUCAAAUCUGAGAUAUUUUGAGCAUCAUAAAAUUAAGUAUAUAUGGAACACGGAGCGUAAGACGUUUGAGCAGUUGACUUCAUAUGAUGUUGCCACUCCUUGCUCAACAUUUUACACAGACUUAAAUGGUCUCGCCGAAAAUGAACAAAGCAAUAAACAGCUAAUAUAUGGCAAUAAUGACAUUAAUGUUGAAGUUAAAAGUUAUAAGAAGUUAUUUAUAGAAGAGAUAUUGAAUCCUUUUUAUGCAUUCCAAAUAUUCAGUGUUGUACUGUGGUUUAUUGAGGUUUACUACUUCUAUGCCGUCUGUAUAGUUGUCAUCUCAGCUGUAUCCCUCACCAUCUCCUUACACGAAACUCAUAAGCAAGCAGUAACACUGAGGGAUAUGGUCGCACACAGUAGCAAGGUCACAGUUCAAAGACGAGAUGGAACUGUGUGUGAGAUUGAUAGCAGUGAACUUGUUCCUGGUGAUCUGUUGUUAGUUCCUCCAAAUGGAUGUAUGAUGAGCUGUGAUGCUGUUCUUAUCGCUGGUAACUGCAUUGUCAAUGAAAGCAUGCUUACAGGUGAGAGUGUACCUGUCACCAAAACACCUUUACCCAACCCACCUGACACCAAUAGAGAUGUACACUACUCAACCGAUCUACACAAACGUCACACUUUGUUCUGUGGUACACAGGUGAUCCAGACUAGGUACUAUGGCAGUGAGAAGGUCAAGGCUGUUGUGCUGAGAACAGGUUUCAGCAGCGCUAAAGGUCAACUAAUUCGCUCAAUUCUCUUCCCUAAGCCGAUUGGUUUCAAGUUUUACAAGGACGCAUUGAAAUUCAUUGGUGCCCUCUUUGCUCUAUCGCUUAUUGGAAUUAUCUAUACGAUAAUUGUUCUCAUUAGGGAUGAUGCUCAUGUGUUUGAUAUUAUCGUCAAGGCACUGGACAUCAUCACCAUAGCUGUUCCCCCAGCCCUUCCUGCAGCAAUGACCGUGGGUACAGUCUAUGCUCAGAAUAGGUUGAAGGCUGCGGGCAUCUUCUGUAUCAGCCCCCAGCGUAUCAAUGUCUGUGGAAAACUCAAGUUAUUCUGUUUUGACAAAACUGGAACACUCACAGAAGAUGGUCUGGACAUGCUAGGUGUGGCACCAAUCCAAGAUGAUCACUUCCUGCCAUUAAUUCAGGAUGUUGAUGAACUGCCUCGUGGCCCCUUCCUUGUCUGCAUGGCAACAUGUCAUUCUCUGACCAUCAUUGAUGGUAACAUCACAGGAGAUCCUUUAGAUCUGAAGAUGUUUGAAGCAACAAAAUGGAUGUUGGAAGAAAAAGUCAAGGACACAUCUAAGUUUGCAAAUAUGAUGCCAACAGUAGUGAAACCAACUACAGCUGACACUUACAGGAAUGUAGAUCCAGACCAGAUACCAUAUGAGAUUGGUAUAGUUCGUCAGUUUCCUUUCUCCUCAUCACUGCAACGAAUGAGCGUGAUCACACGGACGCUUGGUGCAGAAAACAUGGACGUGUAUAUGAAGGGAGCGCCAGAAAUGGUUGUAUCUUUGUGCAAUAAAAAAACAGUUCCACCAACAUUUCAUGAUGAAUUGCAUGUAUACACACAGAAGGGCUUACGUGUGAUUGCUCUUGCGUGGCGACCUCUUGACCCCAAAGUUUCAUGGCACCAUGCUCAUAAAAUACCAAGGUAAAUUGUUUUGUAUUUCUUACAUUUCCUAGGCCUACUGAUUCUACAAAACAUGCUGAAGCCAGAAACAAUGCCAAUCAUCCACAUGCUCAGAGAGGCUGAUAUUAGAACAGUGAUGGUGACAGGAGACAAUAUUCUUACUGCUAUAAGUGUUGCCAGAGAGUGUGGCAUGAUUGAUCCCAAUUCAAAUGUCAUUAAUGUAAGUGCUACUGCCCCCUCUGAUGCUGGACCAGCAUGUAUUGAAUGGACUGAAGAUACACCAUCAGCAGAGGGACACAGGACAAACAGCACAAUUAACACACAAACUCAAAAUAAUGAGGACAUCCAAAGACGAGAGAAGUAUCAUUUUGCCGUCAAUGGGAAAUCAUUUGCUGUAAUUAGGAACCAUUUUCCAGAACUAAUGAGAAAGAUUGUUCAGAGAGGAACUGUUUUUGCGAGAAUGUUGCCAGAUCAAAAGAGUCAGCUAGUUGAGGAACUGCAAGCAUUAGGAUAUGGUGUUGGAAUGUGCGGUGAUGGAGCUAAUGACUGCGGCGCCCUCAAAACUGCACACGCUGGCAUCUCAUUGUCAGAAGCUGAAGCAUCAGUAGCCUCUCCUUUCACCUCACAAAUUACAAAUAUAACAUGCGUACCAAAACUAAUCAGAGAAGGUAGAGCAGCUCUUGUAACAUCAUUUGGAGUCUUCAAGUACAUGGCCCUCUAUAGUUUAAUACAGUUCAUCUCUGUAACCAUACUCUAUUGGAUCAACUCUAACCUCAGUGAUAAGCAAUUUCUCUAUGUGGAUCUAGUAAUUACAACAACGGUUGCAAUUUUGAUGGGAUACAAUGGUCCAUAUCCUGGACUAGUUAAAAAGCGCCCUCCAGGUAGUCUUGUGUCACCAUUCAUUCUCAUCUCGCUAUUUGUUCAGAUUAUGAUUCAGAUCGCUGGUCAGACAACAGCGUACAUGUUACUGUUUACCCAAAGCUGGUUUACUCCUUUAGAACCCAGUGAAGAUGUUAAUGCGAACUUAAUGUGUGCUGAAAACACUGUUGUCUUCUUAACAUCUUCCUACCAGUACUUCUUUCUAGCAGCGGCUUUCUCCAAGGGACCUCCAUAUAGAACUCCUAUACACAGUAAUAUUUUCUUCCUGGUAUCAUUAAUUGCAAUGUUUGGUUUCACAACGUUUAUGCUGUUUUGGUGGAAGGACACCAAGCUGCUUUCCAAAUUCUUUCAGCUUGACCAACUUGCUCCUCAACACUUUAAAUUCUGUUUACUGAUAUUCGCUGUGGUGAUAGUUAAUGCCGUUGCAACAUUCACUGUUGAGGUAAAAAAAUGCAUCCAUUCAGUUAAAUUUGCAUAAUCAAUGAGCACAUGA